AUGGAGAUAAGUGAUUCAAUUCAGAGCCAUGAACAUGAGAAUGAUAUGUUAGACCCACUACUCGUCGAGGAGGACAGAGAUGUAUUUGGGGAUGAAGUGAAGUGCAGUGGAGGUCUAGUAUGGGAGGAAGUAAAGAACCAAUGCUGGAUAGCAGGGCCCAUGGUGUCAGUGAAUUUGAUACAGUAUAGCAUGCAGGUGAUGUCUGUUAUGGUGGUAGGGCAUUUAGGGGAACUUGAGCUGUCUAGUGCAUCUAUUGCUACUUCCUUUGCAGGUUUAUCCGGCUUCAGUGUGCUGAUGGGAAUGGGAAGUACAUUGGAAACACUAUGUGGACAGGCCUAUGGGGCAAAGCAAUACCAUCAGCUUGGGAUUCAUGUGCAGAGAGCAUUUUUUGCUCUUUCUUGUGUGAGCCUACCGCUUGCUGUGUUAUGGGCAUACAUGGGAAACAUUCUAACUGCAUUUGGGCAGGAUCCUUUGAUAUCCACUGAAGCAGGGAAAUAUGCCAGAUGGAUGAUUCCCAGUCUGUUUGGUUUUGCAGCUUUUCAACCUCUUUGGUGGGCCUUUGAAAUACUUAUUCUCUCGUCAGGUCUGUUGCCCAAUCCAAAACUUGAAACAUCAGUUCUUUCAAUCUGCCUUAACACUUCUUCUCUAGCAUAUACAAUUCCCUUUGGUUUUAGUGCUGCUGUAAGUACACGAGUUUCAAAUGCACUGGGAGCUGGACGCUCACAUGCUGCCCGCUUAGCAGUGUACGCAGUGUUUUUUAUAGCAAUCACAGAGGCAGUCAUGAUAGGAUGUCUUUUAUUCUCUAUACGAAAUGUUUGGGGCUAUGCUUACAGCAAUGAAAAGGAAGUCAUUGAAUAUAUUGCAAGCAUGAUCCCAUUAGUAGCAGCCUCAUCAUUUUUGGAUGGGAUUCAAUGCAUUCUUUCAGGCAUUGCUAGAGGAUGUGGGUGGCAAAACGUGGGUGCCUAUGUUAAUCUUGGAGCAUACUACAUAGUUGCCAUUCCUAUAGCUGUCAUUUUGGCCUUUGUACUGCAUGUUGGUGGCAGGGGAAUCUGGCUCGGAAUUAUCUGUGGCCUUUCUGUACAAGCAAUUUCACUAUUCCUAGUAACAACAUGUACGGGCUGGGAACAACAAGCAAGAAAUGCAAGAGAGAGAGUAUAUGCAUCAUCAUUACCCAUAGUUACUAAUGAUAUGAUAAAGGAUGAUAAAAAGUAUCAACCUUGAUGCUGAUAAGUUUUGUAACCAAUUUUCAAACUCUUGAAGCACCAAGUUGAUUUUUGGCUGCCUUCAGCUCUAAAAUGUGUCAGGGUACUCCAGCUGUAAAAGCCAUCAUUAAAUGAGCCAUUUUCCUUAAUUUAUUGAAUAUGCUUGAUAGAGCUGGAAAGAGUGCAGAGCAAGCACUUUUGCUGGGUGAUAAAGAAAAACUGUCCGUCUGCUUCUUGAAUUCUGAUAAAAUUCAAAUCAAUGUUCACAAGGACCGUUGUAAUCUUCUCUAAUGUGCUGUUAUGCAUCAUUAUUUUCGUUGAGAAGCCUUUUGUAAUGUCUCAGGUGCUUUUAUUUUGUACUACUGUUGAAUUUUGGUUUUACUCUGCUAUGUUUUUAGUGAUAAUGUUUUGUAUUAUUAUCAAUGUGUUUUUUUAUUGAGGUUUUGUAUUAACAUCUAGA